AUUUACGAUCUUCUACAAUUGGUUUUAUAUUAUGUUACGUGAUUUACGUACGUAAUUUAUAUUCACGUUUAUUUAAAUAAUAAUAAUUAAAUCUAUCGAAUUAAAUAAGUACACUGUAGAUAAUAAACUUCUCCGACAAAUGUCAUCGUUGGUAAACGUCAAAAAUUGUUCACGUAUUUAUUAAUUGAUAAACAACAAGUAAUUUAAAAAAUGUCAAUAAAUAUUGAUAUUAAGCUAAAACGAGCUAGUAAAAUAUAUCAUGAAGGGGAGAUAGUUGCUGGUUUUAUACUGUUGCAAACUAAUUCGGACGUUAAGCACGAUGGAAUAUUCCUAAGUAUGGAAGGUUCAGUCAAUUUACAACUUAGUUCGAAAAAUUUUGGCAUUUUCGAAGCUUUUUAUAAUUCUGUAAAGCCAAUACAGUUAGUUCAAUAUACUUUAGAAGUUGCUCCAAAUGGAAAAAUACCAAGUGGCAGAACAGAAAUAUCAUUUGAAUUACCAUUAAAGCCCAGAGGAACUAAGUCUUUGUAUGGAACUUAUCAUGGGGUUUUUGUGAAUAUACAAUAUUUAAUUCGUUGCGAUAUAAAAAGGAGUUUCUUAGCAAAGGAUGUAAGCAAAUCGCUUGAGUUCAUAGUAGAAGACAAAGCACCUCCCAAAAUAGAGAAAGAGCCCAGCAAAGUAGCAUUAUCUUUUAAAAUCAUGCCAGAAUCUUUACAAAAUGCAAGGGACAGAACUAAUGUACCCAGAUUUUGCAUUUCAGGAAAAUUAGAUUCAUUGUACUAUAAAGUAUCGGAACCCCUAACAGGAGAGGUGAUAAUUGAACAUUGCGAAGCUGUGAUAAAAUCAAUCGAACUGCAAUUGGUAAGGGUAGAGACAUGUGGUUGUGCAGAGGGAUAUUCUAGAGAUGCAACAGAAAUACAAAAUAUACAAAUUGGAGAGGGAAAUCCUUGUACAAAUUUGCCUAUACCAAUAUAUAUGAUAUUCCCGAGGUUAUUCACAUGUCCCACGCUAAGUACAAGUAAUUUUAAAGUUGAGUUCGAGGUAAAUCUGAUCGUUGUUUUUGAAGAUGAUUACUUAGUCACAGAAAAUUUUCCCAUUAUACUGUCAAGAUAUUAA